AUGGCAAUUAUCACUAACAUAGUCGAAGAACACCAGCACCAGGAGGAGAUAGAGGGCGCGGAGGCCCCUCUUCAGUACCUUCCCCCGCAUGUGGCCUACCCUGUCCGAUUCCUCGUUGGAAAUGGGAUCAACGAGAUCCGUUACGAAGAGCCUCCCGCUCCUGCCGCCCAGAACCUGCCUCUCCCUUUCGCCGCCGGUGUCUCCAGUUCAGUUGCCCCCGUCGCCGCCAACGAAAACGAUGGGGAUGACUACCAGGACUUAAGCAACAGUAUUGAUCCCAGUCUGUCCUCUGGCAGCACUGGCAUGUCUGACGCCGAGUUUGCCGCCCAGCUCGCGUCUCUUGACGCGACUCCCGUUGCUACCGGUGGCUCUCCAACCCCUCUUGGCCUUGAGGACCUUCAAGCCGCCGUCAAUCACAGCCCGGCCCCCGUCUCCGGUCUCGCUGCCGCCCCCGGUCCCGCCGCCAACCCCCUUUCUUCGACCGUCACCACCGCUUCGCCUACCGUCAACCCCGGCAUCGCCUCUGCCCCUUCUCCGGCGCUUGUCGCCGCGCCCGCCCCCGCUGCCGUCAAUCAGGCUGAUCUGCCGUUGCCCCUGGUUAACUACGUACCACCCGCAAGAACCUACGUCAACGAGCACGGCAAGAUUCGAUUCCCCUGUAACCGUUGCCCCGCUAGCAGAUCCCGCAAAGACGAGAUCCGGCGACACUUGCGCUCUGCGCAUUAUAGCAACCUCUAUAACCCUCUUCCUGAGAAGGAAAGCCAAGCCCGCGCUGCUCUUGACUUUCCCUGA